AUGGAGUUCGUCACAACCCUGGCCAGCUGGUUCACACCGACGACUCUCUUCCUCCUCCUCAAUUUCACCAUCGGCACCAUCUUCUUCGCCAACCGUUUCGGUUCCGGUUCGGGUCAUGCCAAUACUCCGGCGACGUUAGGCAGGCCUCCUUCGCUCAUAGACAGAGUCAAGUCCAUCAACUUCCAUCGCUACAAUUCUCCUUCACCAGAAUCCGAGAUCCACUUCUCCGGGUCGGAUCCUCACCAGAACCAACCUCCGUCUCUCCUUGAGCGGGUCAAAUCCAUCAACGUCCCUUACUUCAAGUUCCCGCAGCACAAUUCUGAGGGAGACUACGCUGCUUACGCGCUCAUGACCGAUGAGACGAGACGCGUCGACCAAAAUAAAGAUGACGUUCCGACAGAACCUAGAUUCGCGGUUCCAUCGCUCUUGCAGCGUGUAAAGUCCAUCAAGCUCCCUUCAUUGUACAGAUCCGACCCGGAUCCGGUUUCCGAAGAGCAUAAGCCGGGGAGGACGAAGUCGGAGUCGAGUAAGCCGGUGACGAAGAAGAAGAAGAAGGCGGCGAAGAAGAUGAUGAAAUCGGCUAGCGUGAAAGCCGGCGUGGGAUACAAAGACCGGGAGGAGGAGACGGUUGAGGCCGUGGAAAAGAGGCGGCCGGAGACGACUAGAGUGGAGAGAACGACGUCGAUCGGCGAGGGAGAAGAAGGCGUCGACGAUAAAGCCUCAGAUUUCAUCAACAAGUUCAAGCAGCAGCUUAAGCUACAGAGGCUCGAUUCGUUUCUACGGUACAGAGACAUGCUGAAGAACGAGUGA